UCAACAAAGAACAAAAUGGACAUUUUCCAUGAAAUGUCACCAGCCGCCACCGACGGCCACCCGCCGAAAUUGGUGUCCGAUGACGGCGCGGAAGUGGGAAAAGCCGUUCGUCGGGGCAGCGAUUGCAGUCGAGCGGCAGCCUCGCGCUUUGGCCCGUCUGACAAUUGGGCUCCCCCUCAGGAAAUCGAGUCGCUGCUGGUCAACUGGAGCGGGCCCGACCUGAGCGGUUUUGGCGAGCUGGUUCUGGAAGGCUCCUUCAAGGUCCACCGGGUGAAGAAGGAGCGCGCCUUCUUCCUCUUCGACAAGAUGCUGCUGAUCGCCAAGAAGCGCCUGGAGCGCUUUGUGUACAGCACGCACAUCUUUUGCUGCAACCUCCUGCUGGUGGACGCCCUGAAGGAGCCGCUGUGUUUCCGAGUGUCCGACCUGAUGAUUCCCAAGCAGCAGCACGUCGUCCAGACCAAGAACAUGGAGGAGAAGAGGCUGUGGGUUCACUACCUCAAGAAACUCAUUGUGGAAAAUCAUCCGGCUACUCUUCCGCACAAGGCCAGACAGGUCCUCGGAGACAACAUCUGCCAGUCAGCCCCCCAGUUUGAGCAUGACCACCUGAAAAAAUUUUCUUCGGCUUCUCCGCGGCCGGACGACGUACACGCCUAUCGCCGAGGGCGACGUCAGUCAGAACCACCCCAGCUGCUCACGUACACGCCCGAAAAGAGCAGGAAGAGUUUGCCACUGCUACUGGAGGGAAGUCUGCCUUACAGGCGGACCAGGCGACAGUCAGCUCCAGCAAAGGACCUCGAAGCAGCAUUUAAUCAUCACGCCCUGAAGCAAGCCGACGGCGAGUGCGGGCUGAACCGGGCCGACUGUUUUGGCUGGGCGGGAAGCAGCGGUGCGCCGGCCUCCUCUGUCAUCCCGAUGGAAUCAGAGCGGAACCGCGAACGGGAGCAAGAGGACGAUGAAGAGGAUUUCGCAGCCCUCUGCGCUCCCCCCACUCUGUCCAUCACCGAGGAGAUCCUGGAGUUGAUCAACCAGAGCCGAGCAAGGGAGGCGCUGGUUUCUCCGGAUCGGGUCCUGGAUCAGCCCACCGAGUCGCAGCCUCCACCUUACCAGAGCAACUUCACCUGCCCGCUGCCCCCAGUUGCUUCCACCCCAGAGGACACGCUCGGCCCGGACCCGCUGCGGGAGGACGUGGAAACUCGCCCGAACAGAGCUGUGGAAGAGCAGACCGCUAGCCCUCAAAUUGGGCUGGAAAGUGCUCACGUGGUCCACGAGAAGGGGCAAAACGCAUCGCGCGCAGAGGAAGCGUCGGAACAAGAAACAGAUAUUCGGAACCCGCCAGACAAAGGCGAGCCGGGGAAGCCUCUCAUUUUGCCGACCCCGCCCUCAGCCCCAACAGACUUUCCUUCUUCCAACUCAGUCACGGAGGACCGCCAGGCGAGUCGUACAUUUUAUGAGGAGGAGGCCGCCGAUCCCUCCACGAAUCCAGAUGACAGUCAUCGAGCCAGCCCGAGCGAUAAGCCAAAAAGAGGCUCCGCUCUGACCCAACGUGACAAGAGGAUCAUUGAAAAAAUCAGAAGUUAUUAUGAGGCAGCCGCUGAGCUGGUGGAGGACGAAGAGGCAGAAGAUGCCGGACGGGAACACGACGAGACGUCCGAGAGGAGGAACAGUUCCUCACAAGUCCCCACGGAAACGGUGAAAGAUUCGGUAUCGCGUUUCACAAGUGACCACCAAGACGAGGGCAGGAAGGAAGCAGUCGAAACGGAGCCCGAUCACGAUGUGGCGCUCCCUUCUCCAGCUGGUCCGGCUUCUCCCCUACUCCCGGAAGAUUCUCAUAAUCAUGAUGGACAUGCCGACAUGCCGACAAGGCUCAUGGAUGUGGAAGCCAAAGACGGAAAUAAGUCACCACUCUUCACCCGGACGGACGACGAUGAGGUCUUUGUCAAUCUGCCGUCAAGCGGCAUCCAGUCCAGUCAAGUUGAGGAGAAAACCGAGCGGGGAAGCGGAAAUUUCAGCAAUGAACAAUCACAGCAAGAACCCAACGAAGGAGCAGAGAACAGUCAACGAGAGGCGACCCCAUGGCAAGAAGAAGGACCUUUUACGCAGAGUAAUGACACAAGUCAAAGUGUUCCUCCAGAGUUGGCGAGGACCAAGGGGUCUGAAUGGCAGCUCAAAGAACCAAAGGAAGAAAAGGAAAGUCUCACAGAAUCUUCAGGGACUCUUUCAAGUACCCCACAAUGCCCUGAAACGACGCCCGCUUGGACUGGAAGCAAACAUAAAGGGACCAAGACGAGUAGAAACCUCGAAGAACUUCCAAGUCAAACUCAACUUGGACGAGGUUCCCGACAGUCCAGGAUUGUGUCAACAAACCGGGCCUUGUUUGAGGGCAUGGUCUCAGACAUCACGGGAAUCGGCUUAUUCGAGGCCAGCCCUGUGGCGGACCCCUCGCUCAUGGAGAACUCUGAGCGUAUUCUGAGCAAAGUGCAAACUCUAGCAAGUAUGUACAGUGCUAAAGCCAGCACCAUGAAAGUCCCCUUGCAUCAAAAACGAGCCAUUUUUAUUCGUAACAAAGCUGGAGAUUUGACGGGACCAUCUUCGCUUUCAAGCCAGACUCAGUGUCAUUCUCAGGCAAAAUGUAGGCUAGGAGGGAGGCGACAGCCAAAAUGUGACGUCCCAAGUCAGGCCCCUGCCAAAGUAGCCCACACUCCCAGACCCACAUCCGAUGAGCAGACUGACACCAAGAACGGGUCCCAAAGAUUCUCUCGGUCCAAAGCACAGAGCGGCUCCCUCACUCGGACCGAGAACGGGUCGCACGUCCCUGCUAAAGCACAGAUGUUGUGUGAACGCCAAAACCAUGGCGAGGCCGACGGCAAGAACCAAAAUCUCACCGUGAGCCGGAGGGACAUCGGGAGCCUGGAUCAAAGGGUUACACCGGAAAGAAUGGAUGUCUCGAAAACGGCGGUGCCCAGUGAGGAGCCAAGCCCUGCCCGUCAACUCCAGUCACAUGGAUUCACCUUCUCCAGGCCCAGGGACUUCAUCGCAGCGCCGAACAAAGAGCAGAACUGCGGUAGACCGGAUGAUAAACUCCAGUCAACCACCGCGCCAGAAGCGGUCUCGACUGCUGUACGACGCCCGUGUUCAUCCGGUCUCAGUCAAGAGAAGAGUCACACCCUCAGGUCAGAGCUAAGAGAACAUGUUUACACAGAGGACACAGCGUCUGUAAACAGCAUUGUCAAACACUCGGCUCUGUCUUCGCACACACCACAUUGGAAUGCCUCCAAAGGUGAAGAUGGUCAUUCCCACUAUAAACAGGAUUCAGCAGCUGUGCAAGGCAAACGUGAGCCACACUGCCAGAUCCCUGCAAAGGAUCACGAGAAUGCGAGUGAACCAAGCAAAGAUAGGCGCAGUGUUCGCUCGGGGCUUGAACACUUGGCUUGGACCGCAUCCAGCCAGGCUGAUUCAAGCCCAGGAGAGAGGAGCCCAUUGUCAUCAGCAGAGGACCUGACAUCCUCGCAACACCGGUCUCUGUUCGUAUCGAAACCCAAACAGCUCCCGCGGGAGCGUCCGAGAGAAGCCUUGAACUUCAUGGGUGGAAGACAACAUGCUGCGAGUGUUUCCGCGGGCUCAAGCAAAGAGGCUCUGCCGACUAUGAAUAAGACAGAGUGUGAAGUCAACGGUCAUUCACAACAAACGUGGAAAUCUUUGCCAGAUGUGAAAGCUCCCGGGCCAACAUUCCAGAGGCCGCAACGAGAGGGACCAAGUCCAUUGUCAUCAAUGCAAGUCCUGGAAUCGAAUGUGGCCCAAGCUUUCCCUCCAACGGCGGAGUCUCACGAACGCCUGCCAAAAUUCACCGGCCAGAAGCCAUUGGACUUCCAGGCCGUGACUAAUACGGGAAAAGUCCAUUUCAGCACUUUGUAUGAAUAUGGGAAACCAGAGGAGCGGGUUCCGGGACGGCCCACUAGCCUACCCAUCUUUGGUUCCGCUUCAGGACGCCGCUCACCUCCCCGAGCCUCGUUGGAUGUGUUCUGUCAAGUGGAGACAUCGAGACCCCUCACGGUCACAAGAGACGAGGACACGCAUUUCAGAGCGUCGCCCGCUGUCUUUCGGCAUAUCUCCGCUUCCACCAUUAGUGCUUCUGCCCCCUCGCCGAACCCCACGCCGUCCUCCUUUCCUGUGAGAGUGACCGCAUGCCCCUCCCCCUUCGUGGUCGCUCCUCUAUCUCCCCCCGCCGCCUUGGCAGAUGAAGACUUGGUUUCUCCAGAGACCCCAUCCGGGACCCGCCUUGCAUGCUUCUCUGCUCUUCCGUCAUCUGGAAGGAGUUUCUCCGAUAGGGCUCCCCCUCCCUCUUCCGCUCCGCACUCCUCUGCUUGUAGUCGGGCUUUGUCCAAAGGGGCAAGGCCUUCUUCCCCGAGACCGCCCUCUUCCUGCCGCUCUCCACCAGGGUCCCCCCCUGUUGCAUCUUCGUCCACAUUCACAAGAUCCUUAGCUGCCUCUUGCAUCAGUCAAACGUUGGCAAAAAAGAACAAUGGCAGGCAUCAAGUCCAAAGCUCAUCCACACAGAGUCCUUCCCCCACACCAUCCUUCCCCUCCUCUCAUCUGCCACGAUGUUCACCAUCGCCUCAACUUUCUCACAGCCAGAAAGUUACGCUCACGCCAGCCUAUUCCCAGCUGGGGGCCGCUACUGAUCGGAAUCCACGCUAUCCGCCGUCCCCUCUCAGGCCCACUUGCCCCUCCCCGUCUUCCGUCCAGUCAACUUUUCACUCAAAUUCACAAAACUUUUCUCCUCCUUCGUCUCCAUUUAUAAGACAGAGUCACCGUCAGCCUUUCUCCAGCGCCUCCGCUCAUCCUCAUCAUCACUCCCUCCGCCACAACGUGGCCUUCGCACAGAAUGACAGCAGCAGCAUUUGCUUGCCUACAAGUUCGAAUUAUGGUCUCGGCAGCGGAACAAGUUCCCCCGGUCCGCCAAAGGUGCAGUUAGUUAACGCUGACACCAAUAUCACCGCCGCGCAGCACGCCGGAGAUCGUCUCUCCUUUGGGUCGCACAACCGCAUGGCACGGCCCUUUUCGGCAUCUGAACCGAACUCCAGAGUCCAGUCCCCAUCUCCAGCGGUGAGCCCCCCUUCCAUUACGCGCCUGCGCUCUCCUCCCCUUCUGCAAAGUUCUUCCUCUGCCAUGGCAAACGAGCGUCCCCGCCCCAGAUGCUCAGGGCCCGGAGGGGCAAGUUCCCACAAUCCUUUAGGUCUAACUCUGAAUAUUCCCGAAGCGUCGGCGGCAAGUCUUCCAACUGGGCCCGCUUCCUCACGUGCGAGCCCUCAAGUCCUCUCGCCGCCAGCUAUCGGUGUGUCAGUUUGGACUUGCAAUGUCACAGCGCCCCGACCCAGAAAUCCCCAAUUUAUCUCCCCUUCUCGCUCCGUGUCGACUUGUUCCGGUCAAACAAGUUUGGAGAAGGCCACUUCUGCCCUACCGCACGGUUCAAGAGCUGGAUCCCCUCAGGGACACGCCCUCCAGCGGUCUCUCUCCAGCCCAUCAGACACCUGCCAAAUCCCAGCUCAGAGUGAACCCGGUGACCCGCGUGACUCCUGGUCCGGGAGUAGCCCGAGGUGUCUUGGCUUUGACCGGCAAGAGUCUGGUUUGGCCAGCCCGAGGAGCGGGUGGUCCUCCUGCGGUGGUUCAGCGACUUGCCUCAGCCCUCGAGCUGGACUUCAGUCACCGGUCUCUCCUGGGAGGUUCACCCCAAGGAGGAGCGACUUUGGCGGAGAGCAUUUCAGCGGCGAACCUUGGCUGGAUGGACAGCUACUCUGCAACAACUGCAACGCACAUGGGGGCUUCUAUACCAGUGGGACCUCCACCGCCAUCCCCUCUACCUCUCCAUUGACCUCCCUCGCGCAAUCCCCCUGCUCCUCCAUGGCGGUGGAUUGGGAAGAUCCAGAGCUGGGACAGGGGAGCUGUCGCAGCCAACUGAUUUGUGCCUACAUUGGCAGGCCUCCGCCAGAGGCGAACUUUGCCUCCUCCCGCCUGGUGCGGUCUCCGCCUCCGGCCGCCCGCCGCCAAAUCUACCGGGCCCACGUGCAGUCGCCUCCCCAGGCCACCGACGUCGGAGCUUCUGCGUCGUCACCGGCGACCUUUGCCCGUUCGUCUCCGAGCAAAGUGCCUCAGCAGAAGCCGAGCUACGCCACCACCGUCAACUUGCAGAUAGCUGGCAGCGGUCGAAUAACUUCCUUCAGCACCGCCCACGUGAGCGUGAGCCAGACGCCGCCAGGUAGACCCGGACGCGGAGAAAUUCACAGCGCCAGACGAGUAAGCAUCAAUGGACUGUCGCCCGUUCCUUCUCCGCUUCCUCAGAACUGCGGCCAGCUCUGAGAAACGCCAUCGGAAAGAAACAGCGUCUUUCUCCGAGGGCCACGUUGGAUUGUGUUCAUACUUUGAGGACGAUGGGGUGACGCGAGAGCGCAGGAUGACUUUUCCGUAGAGCCUCGACAAUGUGGAGUACAUGUGAAGUCUUCACUUUGUUGCUUUCUACCCAAAGUGUAAAAAAAAACAAAAGAAGGUCCCCUGUCCAACACUCGCUGUACGCAAUCACAUUUACGUCUCGUAGCUAUCGUGAGUCAUAUUAUGAUUAUUUGUACUCUUAAUGAAUCAGUAACCAUUUGUAGUCAUUGUGUAGCUUAUUUAUGAAUUCUCCUUGGCACUUAGCAGCAGACGAUUUGCACGGCGUGCUGAGAUCUUUGGCAUGUUUGCGUUGGAGGCGACGUGUCCGCAACUUUCAGACCAACUGGGCUCAGACGUCAGCUUGACAGUUUCUAAUUCUCGACGAGUACGCAAUGGAACUCGGCGACCGCCUGCGCUGCUGAGCAAAUCUCUCGACAUUUGUCAACAUCUUCUUACUUUUGGGGGAAAUACCGCAUUGGAGUGUCCCUUCCCGCGUGGAAUCGGCUUGAGUCCCGAAAGUGUAAGAGCAACGAUGCAUCGGGAAUGUUUGCGAAACACUGUCAGACGUUGCCUUCCAAAUGGACGUCCUCGCUUUGUCAUUCGCAAAAUAAAACAUAUCCACAAAGUACAAUGGUACCUUGGCUGACCAGUUUAGUUUGUGCGGUGACCGAGCUUGCAACGCGAUUGACUCGGAAAGAUAUCCAAGUGGUCCCAGUGAAAUGAUUUGAAAUACCAAUAAUCCCCCUCUCCGAAAACACCGCCGUUAUGUUGCUGGUGUUGUUGUUGUUGUUGUUAUUUUAAUUGCGCUGUAUUAGGGCUGUGCAACUCUCCAAUAAAAUCAGAUUCGCUACG